UCAUCUAAGUGUCACCCCACGUCACCAACGUCAAUACUUUCAUACUAUUAGUUCAUUAUGCUGUAACAAUACACCUUUCUAUCAAAGCAACUUAGGCAUUACGCUAUCUGUGAUAUCCCAGAAUUGCAUACAUUCAUUGUUUGUUUUUCGUUCGUCUAUGCGACAUGGAAACCGAUUCAUUCACAGAGCGAUCUCCUGAGUUCGAUUCACGUUACCUGAAGCUGCUACAAGAACAAUAUGAGUCGGGAAGCUCAUCAGAUAGAGUUCCAACGAAAGUGGUAAUGAACAGCGUCAACUGUAGCUUGUUGGCCGCCGGAAAGGCAACGCUGUCUUCUGUGGAUGUUGGCAAGCUAGUGCGCCUUGCCUUUGGAUCAACUGUAGAGAGGAAAAGCGCCAGAGUUCACGGCUGCCGCUCAUACGUUUACUGCGGUAUCCGGAGAAAGAGUGAUCAUGAGGAAAGUCCAGCCAAACGUUCUUGCAUACAAGAGUCAUCAAAGGAUAUUACAUCACCGACCUCUGACCAUCUACUACGAAUUACACAAUUAGAAGCUGAGCUCAAACGUGAAAAGAAGCGCGGACAAGACUUGGAGGCUGAACUGCAACAAUCAAUUAUUGAGAGUCAAUCUAUCCAGUGGCAUCAAGUAGAUACAGAAAUUAACGCAGAGCUGAAUGCGCUACAGAGAGCUGGAGGAAUCAUGUCAACAGGUCCAGUUGAUGCAGCAGAUCCAUCUUCACUGACUGCAGACUUUAGUUUACAUAAUCUACACAGCCAAUUACUUACACACGCUCCCAAAAUUACAUCACUGCUUUCCUCGAUAGGCCAAACUGACACCACUACAGGACCAAAAGAUAUCUACAGCUUGGCAGCAGUCUGCUUACUAGCGAAGAAGGGCAACUAG